AUGGACGAAAUCACAAUCACAACACAACCCAAAUCCGGUUACGUAAUUCGAAACAAGCCAUUGCGUCUUCAGUGUCGAGCCAAUCACGCAACGAAAAUUCGCUUCAAAUGCUCGUCGAAAUGGAUCGACGACUCGCGUGUCGAGAAACAAAUCGGAACCGACUCAACAUCUGGAGUUGGCUACGUUGACGCCUCCGUCGACAUUUCCAGAAUCGACGUUGACACUUCUGGGCACGUCGACGCCUUUCAGUGUCAGUGCUACGCUUCGGCUGACGACGAUCAAGACGUUGUUGCUUCGGAUAUCGCUACAGUACAUCUUGCAUAUAUGCGAAAGCACUUUCUCAAAUCACCCGUCGCGCAACGGGUACAAGAGGGAACCACACUUCAACUUCCUUGUCAAGCCCCAGAAUCCGAUCCGAAAGCAGAACUCACCUGGUAUAAAGAUGGUGUCGUCGUUCAGCCAGAUGCCAAUGUUAUCAGAGCAUCCGAUGGUAGUUUAAUUAUGUCCGCGGCCCGGUUAUCGGACAGUGGAAAUUAUACAUGUGAAGCGACGAAUGUGGCGAAUUCCAGGAGGACAGAUCCAGUGGAAGUACAGAUUUAUGUCGAUGGCGGUUGGUCCGAAUGGUCACCGUGGAUCGGAACGUGCCACGUGGAUUGCCCUCUGCUCCGUCAACACGCUCAUCGGAUCCGCGACCCACAAUCAGUCCUACCACAUCAGAGACGAACGCGAACCUGUAAUAAUCCGGCACCGCUGAACGGUGGAGAGUACUGUAAAGGAGAAGAAGAGAUGACAAGGAACUGCAAAGUGCCGUGUAAAUUGGAUGGAGGAUGGAGCUCAUGGGGCGAAUGGAGUGCUUGCUCUUCGAGUUGUCAUCGGUUUAGGACACGAGCAUGUACAGUACCACCACCGAUGAAUGGAGGGCAACCGUGUUUUGGGGAUGACUUGAUGACACAAGAGUGCCCGUCACAACUCUGCACCGCGGACUCAUCCCGAAUUGUGAUCAGCGACACCGCUGUCUAUGGAUCCGUUGCUUCUAUCUUCAUAGUUGCCUCAUUUAUCCUUGCCAUCCUUGCAAUGUUCUGCUGUAAACGUGGCGGAAAGAAGUCGAGAUCCAGUAAAACUUUGAAAAUGACACCUGAAAAAUCUGGAGGAAUCUACUACUCUGAACCCCCGGGCGUACGACGUCUUCUACUGGAACAUCAACAUGGGACACUACUAGGAGAGAAAAUAUCGUCUUGUUCACAAUACUUCGAACCUCCACCCCCACUUCCUCACUCAACUACGCUAAGAUCUGGAAAAAGUGCAUUCAGUGGAUACUCGUCUACAAGAAACGCUGGAUCUCGAGCCGCCCUGAUUCAAGAAUGCAGUUCUAGUAGUUCUGGAUCAGGCGGAGGAAAACGAACGAUUCUCAGAACCUCUAGUUCCAACUGCUCGGAUGAUGAUAACUACGCAACGUUGUAUGAUUACAUGGAGGAUAAAAGUGUAUUGGGAUUGGACACUACUCAAAAUAUCGUUGCCGCACAAAUUGAUAGCAAUGGAGCGCGAUUGUCUCUGUCGAAAAGUGGAGCAAGGCUGAUAGUGCCAGAGUUGACAGUGGAUGGAGAGAAGAUGUUGUAUUUGGCUGUAUCGGAUACAUUGAGUGAUCAACCACACUUGCCACCUCUCGAAUCUGCUCUUUCCCCUGUUAUCGUGAUUGGUCAAUGUGACGUCUCCAUGUCUUCCUGCCACCAUGACAACAUUCUCCGCCGCCCUGUAGUCGUUUCAUUCCGUCACUGUGCUUCCACUUUUCCACGUGACAACUGGCAGUUCACUUUGUACACUGAUGAAGGAGCUGGAUGGCAAAAAGCUGUAACUAUCGGAGAGGAAACUUUGAAUACCAACAUGUUCGUACAAUUCGAGCAACCUGGAAAAAAGAAUGAUGGUUUCGGUUGGUGCCACGUUAUGACGAAUUCACUGGCAAGACUUAUGUUAGCUGGACACCCGAGAAGAAAUUCAUUGAGUGCUUCUAAAAGAGUGCAUCUUGCUGUAUUUGGUCCAAUGGAAAUGUCAUCGUACCGAAGAUCGUUUGAAUUGAGAGUUUAUUGUGUACCAGAGACUGGAGCAGCAAUGGAGAGUGUAUGGAAACAAGAGGAUGGCUCUCGACUCUUAUGCGAAUCCUUUGACUUCAUUCUGAACGAGAAAGGCAACUUGUGCAUCUGCAUUGAAGACGUCAUUCCUGGAUUCACGUGUGAAGGUCCUGAAGUCGUGGAGAUAUCCGAGACACAACACAGAUGGGUUGCUCAAAAUGGCCUCCAUUGCUCAUUGAAAUUCCGACCCAAGGAGCACAAUCCUCCUCCAUUCUCAACAAGAGUCAUAGUUUAUCAGAAGGCCAGCUCCACGGAGCCAAUGGUAAUGGAAGUGAGCAAUGAGCCAGAUUUAUAUGAUGCUACGAGUGAAGAAAGGGAGAAGGGAUCCGUUUGUGUGGAGUUUCGAUUGCCAUUUGGAGUGAAGGAUGAGCUCGCAAGACUUCUCGAUAUGCCAAAUGAGUCGCAUUCGGAUUGGCGGGGAUUGGCUAAGAAAUUGCAUUAUGAUCGAUAUUUACAGUUCUUCGCCUCAUUCCCGGAAUGUUCUCCAACCUCUCUUCUUCUGGAUCUUUGGGAAGCAUCAUCAUCCGGAUCAGCUCGUGCCGUACCCGAUCUUCUUCAAACCCUCCGAGUCAUGGGACGACCCGACGCUGUGAUGGUUCUAGAAAGAUUCUUGUCAGCUUUCCCGCAAAUUAUUUCUCCCUAG